GUGAUAAAAAGAUGCGAGUUUAAGUCAACAACAAGCACAGACUACUUCUUGGUACCAGGUCACCCGCGCUCGUUUAUCCCUAAAGGAACUGAACUGACGAUACUCGGGCAAAUGCCAAACGGUCGCUGGCGAUGCUUUGUUGAGCUGCCAAAAAACAAGUUUACGGUUCUCACAAAUGGAAAUCACUGGGAAACAUUCUCUGAAGUUGAGAGUAUUUCAUCGUUUGACAUCAGCGAGGAAGGCGCGAUUCUUAACUCGAGCUCAAAAACUGAAACUUUUAUAGGAAGUGUGCCAAGUAGUCUGCUCGUUGAACUGAGUCUUCCCUCAGUUUCUAAACUAAAAUAUGAAGACGGGACGCCCAUUGCCUCCCCAGGGGACACCCCACAAUUAUCCCCCUUCCCCUCCCCUCCUCAUUCGCCCUAUUCCAGGCACAAAAACAACAAAGAUUCCUUGCCGAAUAAUAAACGAAGUUCUUUACGUCGAUCUAUCGCGAGUGAAAAUCUAAGUGAACAGGACAUCUGGGAGCAGUUUUGCAUACCCUCCCCUCCCUCGUCGCCUGCUACGUCGCGGUCGACCACUCCUUCGCUCUCGCGCUCAAAUUCAUCUGGAGCAUCAUUGGAGAAUAUUGAUUUUGAUCAUACAACUGAACAUGAGAAAAGAUAUGCGGACGCAAGUAAGGGAAAUGACCAAAUGGAAAGCGAAAAUAUGGGAGGUGAAGAAAUAAGAAAUAAAGAUUGCUCUCAAGUUGCUCUUAGGCGAAGAAAAGAAGACAGUGCAGGAAGAACUACUUUGAAUGUGAAAAGUCAUAGAGAAGCGAUUCUUAUGAAUGAUGAUGUGCCAGAAACGUACAUUGGUAGUGAUUCGGAAGAUGAUAGGAUGGUUACAGUUAUAGAUGAAGUUCCACCGCAUGAGGCUGAAGAAGCUUUGAGAACGGAGAAAGAAACUGUUAAAAUGCGCGUAAAGAAGAACACACCACAGCGUGAGUUUGGUGAG